ACUGUAUCGAUGGGGUCGCUAACUCGCCAUUCACAACUCACAAGCACACCCCGGAUGGAUGACCAUGAACUACGCUCGCGCCUCUCUCAGAUCUCGAUCCACAAGGGACGGCAAGCGAACAAGCUCGGAGCCUCGGUCGGUGCAUCUCGUCGGUGACUCCCGAUCUCCGUGUAGCCGUGUACUACAACACAAGUACUACGACACGCAAACUACAGCCUCGCUCCAUGGCGGCUCCUCCUCGGCCCCAUGUCAUGGUGCUGCCCUUCCCUGCCCAGGGCCAUGUCAUGCCGCUCAUGGAGCUCUCCCACCGACUCGUCGAGCACGGGCUCGAGGUCGAGUUCGUGAACACGGACUUUAACAAGGAGCGUGUCCUCAAGGCCUUGGCUGGAGGAGAGACAGUAUCAGUCCCCGCCGGGAUUCACAUGGUCUCCUUCCCGGACGGCAUGGGCCCUGACGGCGACCGCACCGACAUCGGCAAGCUGGGCGAGGGCUUGCCGGCGGCGAUGCUCGGCGGCCUCGAGGAGUUGAUCACGUCCAAGAAGAUCAGGUGGGUGAUAGCCGACGUGUCCAUGGGUUGGGUGCAGGAGCUGGCCGCCACGGUGGGCGUGCGCGUCGCCUUGUUCUCGACUUUCUCCGCUGUCAUCUUCGCGUUGAGGAUGCGCGUUCCCAAAAUGAUAGAGGACGACAUCAUCGACGAAAGUGGGAGUGUAAUGACGAAUGAAAGGAUCCAACUGAGCCCCAAGAUGCCUGUCAUGGACGCCGCUGAGCUUCCCUGGGCCAGACUUGGCAAGAGCCCGGAGUCACGCAGAGUCAUUAUUCAGGGCGUGAUCAAGAACAACCCGGCAAUAGCGCUCGCCGACACCAUCGUCUGCAACACGUUCCAGGAGAUCGAGUCCGAGGCGCUGGGUCUCCUUCCCAUGGCCCCGCUGGCCGUUGGUCCCCUGGAAGCGCCGAAGUCGACGUCGGCUGGCCAUUUCUGGCCCGAAGACCCGGCCUGCCUGGCCUGGCUCAACGCGCAGGCACCCGGUUCCGUCGUCUACGUGGCGUUCGGGAGCCUGACAGUCUUUGACGUGACACGGCUCCAAGAGCUCGCCGAAGGGCUGGUGCUCUGCGGACGGCCGUUCCUGUGGGUGGUCCGGGCGAACUUCGCCGAAGGUGUCGGCGAUGGCUGGCUCGACGCGUUCAUGCGCCGCAUCGGUGACACGGGGCUGGUCGUCGGCUGGGCUCCCCAGCAGCGCGUGCUCUCGCACCCCUCUGUGGCAUGCUUCGUGACGCACUGCGGGUGGAACUCGACGAUGGAAGGGGUGCGGCACGGCGUGCCGUUCCUGUGCUGGCCCCACUUCGCCGACCAGUUCUACAACCAGAGCUACGUCUGCGACGUGUGGGGCACGGGCCUGAAGCUUCGCCCCGACCAGCGCGGCGUCGUCACCAAGGAGGAGAUCAGGAGCAAGGUCUCGCGGCUGAUGGGGGACGAGGGGAUCAAGGCGAGGGCGCUGUUCCUGAAGAGCGCGGCGUGCGCGAGCGUCGCGGAUGGAGGAUCCUCGCACCAGGAUCUGCUCAAGCUUGUGAAUCUGCUGAAAGAACAAUAAUCUUUAGCUGCAAUGAAUUUUCAGACGCUGAGAAGUCAGUUGUUUGGGAUUGUUGCAGAGUCGUAUCAAAAGUUGGAUAGACAGAGUUUGCUGAGAUGCCAGAUUAGGUUUUGUGUCAGCGUCAGUGUUACUCACUAAACAGCAAAUGCAAUGCACCCUCGUGCUGUUUGGCCACUGCUAUGGGCCAUGUACUGAAAGUGACACCGGACAACAUCUUAAUAAAUUGUUUUCUUUAUCUCUCAA